AUGGUGCAUUUGCUCGAGCAACAGCGAGCGACCGAACAGUAUCUCGUGACCUUGCUCAAGACUCCACAUGUCGCAGCCGAUGAGCUGCUGGCCAUUUUCCAGCAAACCCGCCUCCUAGCCCAGGCCGCCACCUUCGCCGACUUCCAGCAUGCCGAGUCCCACGAGAUGCGCCUGUGGAAUCUCCACGGCGACGGCAAGAGAUGGUUCUCCCGGAAGCUGAGGGAUUUUCGCAAGAAGCACGCCGACAGACCGGUCGAGGAGCGCCAGUGGGCCAAGCAGUACCUCACCUUUCUCAAGGAGAGUGAGAGGUACUACCGCUCGUAUAUCCACAAGAUCGACAAAGCUUGCGGUGGCAUCCCCGAGCUGGAGGCGAUCGCCCAUGCGUCGACAGAGGAAGACUUCGGCGAAAGCCAGACUGACUCUGCGCCGACCAUCACACGCGAAGCUGCUGUGGCGUCCUGCCACCGCAAUGUGAUCUAUCUUGGAGAUCUAGCCCGUUACCGCGCAUCUGACAAGCUGGAUCGGAACCCAGAUUUUGGCCGGGCAGUUGGCUGGUAUAAGUUGGCUACGGACAUACUGCCAUCUUCUGGUCACGGUCACCACCAGCUGGCUGUAGUCACGUUGGAAGAUCAAAACCACUUGCAAGGCAUCUACCACUUCUAUCGAUCGCUUGCUGUCCCUAACCCUCAUCCCAACGCCAAGGCCAACCUGGGCAAGGAGUUUGAGAAGACCAACGCCGCUUGGGAUAGAGGCGAACUUAUCCAGAAAGGUCCUCCAAACGAUCCGGAUGCUUCGAAGCGCGCUCUUGUUGGAUGGUUCGUCCGUUUCCACAGCAUGUGCUACAAGGGUGAAGUAUUCCGCGGGCAUGCAGAGUUGGAGCGCGAAGUUCUCAGCCAGCUGUCGAACGUGAUCAAGCAACGCCCGCUUGAGCCCGCACUUCAGCGCAUGCUCCUCACAAAUAUGGCCGCUCAGUAUGUCGCUGGCGAGGCCUAUCAGGGUAGGUCACGUCUUUGGAUAACAAUGGGGAUGACGCUUACACCCUUUGCAGAAGAUCCAGAGAAUCUGCGGAUUCAACAAUCAUUCUUUUACUACUUUCAGUUCAAUGUGAAGACUUUCACGACGUUGCUGCAGCUCUUCUACGACGACCUUCGGAAUCUCCUGAUCAACUUGGAAGAUCAGGACAUCGAACUUGCCGCGAAGUUGACCCCUCUUGGCCGCCGCCUUCUGCCUUGCCUCCGUGUUUAUAGCAGUUGGCUCAUGACCGCGAUCAAUUUGGUUAAAGGACUUUUCUACGAUCCUACUGUUGGAGUUUCGGUGCAGCAGUUCUGGCCUACAUACGCCAGAGUCAUCGAUCUCAUUGCGCAGGCGUUCCCAAUUUGGGAUCUCGACGACGUCGAUGAAGUUGAGUACUUGGUCGAGGAAGAUGUCGAAACCAGAGAGUUCAAGCCAGUCUGCGAUGAGCUGUAUGGGACUGACAGAAGGUGGAACAACAAGCAGACCGGCGUGAAGAAGCCCUGCUGCACCGACAAGAAUGUCGUUCGAUUGUCUCCGGAUGAAGAGAUGUUGCACCGCGUGAAGGAGUUCCUGGCCGACGGACUCAAUCUUGCAAACACUGAGAAUAUGCCUAUCUCGCUGCGUGGAACUCGAAUCUUCUCUGGCAGCGAGGAUAACAUCGAUUCUUUGGUUGUUCGGCCUGUCGAGUACAAGCCUGCACCCAUCGCACCACCAAAAGCAAAGCCGAAGCCCGUUAGUUACGCCGCGGCUGCUGCGAAUGGUCAUGCUAAGCUGAGUCGUCCAUUGCCCGUGCAGAGAAAGGCUAGUGCUGGCAAGCCACAAUCUCGCGAUGCGCAGCUUAGUCGGAUGGUGGAUGAUUUGGUUGAUGAUGACGACGGCAAUAAUCCAGUCACGCCUCCUCAGCAACACGCCUCCAAUCCGGCCGUGGUCACGAACGGCGAGGCGCCGCAGAUCUUGCAAGACAGUGCAAUGCACGACUUGACACGUGCCAUGAAGAAUGUCGCCGCUCGACCUGAUGUGACGGUUACGCCUCCAGCUGCUCGUCCGACUGGAAACAUGGGCAGACCCUAUGCAGGCCAACAUCAGCGCAUGCAGUCCGUCUCGAAGCUGUGGGGCAAUGGUCAAGGCCCGGCUUCCUCGUUCCCAAACAACCUUCCAGCUGGCACACCUCUCGGAUCGCCCAUGGUCGGCGUCCGCGGUCAUUCGCGCGGCAACUCUGCGAGUAGCAUUCGCAGUCGAGCUUCGCUGAAUGGACCCGAUCCUUGGGGCUCCGAUUCGGCUCCACGCACGAUGCCGGAUUCUGUCGUUCCUCAGACUGUGUAUGGAAACUACUCCAGUCUGGAUCAGUCCGGCAUGGGGAGUCCGUUGUUGUUUGGCGCGGGUGGUGGCCCCUGGAGUAGUACGAAUACACGACGCGGCUACAGAAAUGUGAGCCCGCCGAACGGCCAAGGAGGUUGA